AUGGCGUGGAAAGAUGGAAUUCUUUUAAGAAGAUUGAAGUUGGCAUAUGUUCUUGAACAACCUUGUCCUAAUGCUCCCGGUUCCGAGGUGGCAACCGAGCAGGCUACUUUGAUUAAAGAACAAAUUGCCAAGUGGAAAGAUGAUGAUUAUUUAUGUAAGAAUUAUAUUCUUGGAGGAAUGUCUAACAAAUUUUAUGAUCAAUAUUAUACCAAGUGCAAAUUUGCUAAGGAUAUUUGGGACACUCUCCAAAAUAUCUAUUUGGCGGAAGAGGCGAGUUCAAAGAAAUUUCUUGUUUCAAACUAUAUGGAGUUCAAAAUGGUUGAUGAUAAGUCAAUCACCGAACAAGUGCAAGAAUUCCAACUUAUAGCUAAUAAAAUUGCUAUCUACGAAUUGUUCUUGAUGAAAAUUUUCAUGUUGGUGCUAUUGUCUCGAAACUUCCUUCCUCUUGAAAGAAUACGAAGCAAACUCUUACACAAGAAAGAAGAUUUGACUCUUGAGCAAUUGUUGCAACAUUUGCAAAUUGAACAAGAGACUCGAUAUCGUGACAAUAAUAUUUUGAAGGAACCCGUCAUGAAAGCUCAUGUGGUUGAAGAAAAAUCAACCAAGAAGGAAUCUCAUAAUAAGAAAAUUCCGAAGGCAAAGAGAAGUACGAAUUUCAAGCGCACUUCGAUUACCGAUUCUAAGUCGGUUGAAUGUUACCACUCACAAAUUUGGUCACUAUGCGCGUGA